AAACGACCCAUUUUUGGGUCAUUUUUCCUCAUCUUUUUCACUCCAAAUCAAUCCAUUGAGCAAUAGUUGACUCUUUCUUCAUCUUUUCUUCUCAAACUCUUCUCAAAUGGCCGGAGGAAAAACCAAGACCAAGGCCACCAUGUCCAAGAAGAAGAGCACGGCCGAUGCAUCGUCCUCGCUGCCCGAAACGUACCCGUACCUUGAUGGGUCGUUUCUCGAGUUUGGAUCGGAGGCGGAGCUCCAUCACUUCCUCUCCUAUUUCAAUACGCGCCCCAUCGCGCCGCCUCGCAUCCUCCCGGAGCUUUACCCCCAACAAAAGGGGUUUCAUGGUCUCGACAACCAGCUCCAAGCUUCAGGACUUUGGCCGUUCGUCUCCAAGAGCCACCAAAGCUUCAACCACGGGCUUGUGCGUGUGUUCUACUCCAACCUACGGCGAGAAGGGGACGUCCUCAAGACGAGCAUCAAUCUCUAUGAAAUAGAGAUCAAGUUGGACACCCUCUCUCGCGUCUCAGGGCUGCCUACUCGGGGAGAGGAUAUCGCGACGUACGGAGGCGAAGAUUGGUACGUCAACAACGAAGGCGUGGUCCUUCGAGAGCUUGGCAUCACCAACCUCAUCCGACACAAGGGUGCACCGACCAUUCACUCCGCUCCUUUGGAGAAGAGGGUCCUACUCUACCUUCUCACCCGGGUUCUCCAUCCUCGGGAUCACAGCCACACCACCCUCUUCACCGAAGACGUCAAGAUGAUCCACGCGAUCAUGCACGGAGCCGACGUCAAUUGGGCCAAGUUCAUCAUGAUCAACAUGCCCGAUUGUGCAUCCAUUAGCACCGAGAGAAGUCUCCCUUAUGCUUUCCUAGUCAUGGAGAUCAUUGCACGCAACAACAUCCACAUCGCCGGCCCCGUCACCAAGAUGACCAAGCUUUGGCUCAUCAACGAUGGCACCUUCCGGAAGAAGUCCGAAAACCGCAAUGGCGCAGGGACAAGCCGUGUCACUACCGCUGCCCCUGCCCGAGCUUCUCUUCAGUCUAUUGCCGACUCUCUCAACGCCCUCACGGUCAACAUUGAUGACAUGGGCCGUGCCGUUGAGCGCAUUGACCGGACUGUGCAGCGCCAACGUCAUGAUAUGCGCGCCUACUUCAAACAAGUCCAGUACGUCCCUCCUCCGUAUGAUGGGACUUUCCUCGGCCAAGACUAUGAUGGCGGGGAUGAGGACGACGACUCCUAUGCUCCGUCGUCGUCACCCGACGAGGACGAGUUUGAUGAAGAGGUGGACGGCGAUGCCAUGGACGUUGAGGAUGACGAGAACGACGAUGAAGACUCCUAGACUUUCUUCACUCCUUAUCUUUAUUAUUACUAUGUUGUUUUCUUUACUAUUCCGUUGUAUUCCGCAUUUCCCUUAUCGUUAUUGAAUAAAAGUUAUCUUUUAAAUCUUUUUGUUAAUGUCAAAAGGGGGAAGAUGUUGGGUUAUGCACAAUUAGAGGGGGAACCUUUAUCCUUAAACAAUCUUUUUCAAAGUAUUAAAUUUCCAAGAAUUUAAAAUAUUAAUAAUGAUGCUUUGAUUAA